GGGAAGGGGCGCGGCCUCGGCGGCCGGCCCGCCGCGCUCCGGCGCCCGGGGGAGGACUCGCGGCUAGGCGCACGCGAGGCGGGAGCGCACGCAGCGCCGGUGGCUGCCGCGGAGAGUCCACCCCGGGCGCGCGGCGGGCGGUGUCGGAGCACGGGCUCUGCUUGCGGCGGCCGCGGUCCGCUCCGGCCGACCACUCCGGAGUUCCCUUGCGUCUCUGCACCCCCCGCACCCCACCCCCGCCCCCACCCCUCGCUCGCCCGGGCCGUGCGUGAGAUGGCCCCGCGGAAAAAUGCCAAGGGCGGCGGUGGCAACAGCAGCAGCGGCUCCGGCAGCGGCAGCCAGGGCUCCGGCAGUAGCGGGAGUAGCAGCGGCGGCGGCGGCUCCGGCAGCAGCAGCAGCAGCGGCGGCAGCAGCAGCGGCGGCAGCAGCAGCAGCUCCGGGAGCCGGAGAGAGACAAAGCAUGGAGGACACAAGAAUGGGAGGAAAGGAGGCAUUUCUGGAAGCUCAUUUUUCACAUGGUUUAUGGUCAUCGCAUUACUCGGAGUCUGGACGUCAGUAGCUGUCGUUUGGUUUGAGCUUGUUGAUUAUGAGGAAGUUUUAGCCAAAGCAAAGGACUUCCGUUAUAACUUAUCAGAGGUACUUCAAGGAAAACUGGGAAUUUAUGAUGCUGAUGGUGAUGGAGAUUUUGAUGUGGAAGAUGCCAAGGUUUUAUUAGGCCUUAAAGAAAGAUCUGCUUCAGAGCCACGUGAGCUGCCGGACGAGGUCGAGAACUACCCUUGGCUGGAAGAGCCAGUUCCCGAGAGCAGAGAAUCUCAGAAUAUUGAAGUAUUUGAUAAAGAAGAUGAAGUACAAGAGCAAAUUCAGCAUCACCUUCACCAAUCAGCUCCCACAGAACAUGUUUCAGCACAAGAGAGUGAACUGGAGAAAGUGUGCGACAGAGCAGGUGGGAGUGGGACAGGGGAGCCACGCGAUGUCCUGCUACAAGAAGAUGAUGAACUAGCAAGAGAACAGGAACCAGAAGAUAAUUUCCUCAGAGCGAGUCCUGCAGAGGAUAACUUUGAGCCCCCAGACACUGCACCCUUUUAUGAAGCUGAAAUUAGUUACCAAGUAGAAGAUGACACAGCAAUACCAGUCUACAAUCAGGAUAUGGACGAGGCAAUGUAUGAACAAGAAAAUCCAGACGCCAGUGAACGAUUAGGCACUGAGGAUGAACGAAUACUACACGAUGCAGAUAAUGUAAUAUACCAAGACUAUGAUGACCAAGAAAUACCUCUGCCUCCUGAAGAACAGGAACUACCACCAGCAACAAAUAGAAAAACAGAUGAUCCAGAACAAAAAGAAAAAGUUAAGAAAAAGAAGCCUAAACUGUUAAAUAAAUUUGAUAAAACUAUCAAGGCUGAACUUGAUGCUGCCGAAAAACUCCGUAAAAGGGGCAAGGUGGAGGAAGCGAUGCAAGCAUUUGAAGAACUGGUACGCAAAUAUCCUCAGAGUCCCCGGGCCAGAUAUGGGAAGGCACAGUGUGAAGAUGAUUUGGCUGAGAAGAGGAGGAGCAACGAGAUCCUCCGUGGGGCCAUAGAGACCUACCAGGAGGUGGCCAGCCUGCCUGAUGCCCCCGCGGACCUGGUGAAGCUGAGUCUGAAGCGGCGCUCAGAACGACAGCAAUUUCUAGGUCACAUGAGAGGGUCCCUGCUUACCCUCCAGAGAUUAGUUCAACUCUUUCCUGAUGAGACUUCUUUGAAGAACGACCUUGGAGUGGGGUACCUCUUGCUCGGAGAUAAUGACAGUGCCAAGAAGGUGUAUGAAGAGGUCCUGAAUGUGAGGCCUAAUGAUGGCUUUGCUAAAGUGCACUAUGGCUUUAUCCUGAAGGCGCAGAACAAGAUCGCGGAGAGCAUUCCCUAUCUGAAGGAAGGAAUAGAAUCUGGGGAUCCUGGUACAGAUGACGGGCGAUUUUAUUUUCACCUGGGAGAUGCCAUGCAGAGGGUUGGGAACAAAGAGGCAUAUAAGUGGUACGAGCUGGGACACAAGAGGGGACAUUUUGCGUCUGUUUGGCAGCGCUCACUCUAUAACGUGCAAGGACUGAAAGCACAGCCGUGGUGGACCGCCAAAGAAACAGGCUACACAGAGUUGGUUAAAUCCUUAGAAAGAAACUGGAAGUUAAUUCGUGAUGAAGGCCUUGCAGUAAUGGAUCAAGCCAAGGGUCUCUUCCUGCCUGAAGAUGAAAACCUGAGGGAGAAGGGGGACUGGAGCCAGUUUACACUGUGGCAGCAAGGAAGAAAAAAUGAAAACUCCUGUAAAGGAGCUCCUAAAACCUGCUCUCUACUAGAUAAAUUCUCUGAGACAACAGGAUGCAGAAGAGGACAGAUCAAAUAUUCUGUCAUGCACCCAGGAACUCACGUGUGGCCACACACGGGGCCCACUAACUGCAGGCUCCGAAUGCACCUGGGCUUGGUGAUUCCAAAGGAAGGCUGCAAGAUCCGAUGUGCCAACGAGACCAGGACGUGGGAAGAAGGCAAGGUGCUCAUAUUCGACGACUCCUUUGAACAUGAGGUGUGGCAGGACGCCACAUCUUUCCGGCUGAUAUUCAUCGUGGACGUGUGGCACCCAGAACUGACAGCCCAGCAGAGACGCAACCUUCCUGCAAUUUAAUGUGUUCUGUAGGCUCAGGACAUUGGAGAGAAAGAGAGAGAGGCUGUCUUUUGGAUUCUUACAAAGCGGGAUAGAAGAUUGAAUACCAAGGCCCUUAAUUCCCUCAACUUGUAGCCGAAUAAAUUCUAAAUUUCCUCCCAGGCCUAGAAGACACUAAGGAAUAUUUGCCUGAAUGCAAUUCAUUUAGAAAAUUCACAGCUGUAUUUCAUGCCAGAGAGCACCAGUCUGGUGCCUGUAUUUCAGGUGAACAUGUAGUUUCUUCCUUGCAGCCAAAGAUACCUUUCCAGGUACACUAGGACUAAAUCAGUGUACAAAGAGAAUAUAUGUAGAAACUGUGAAUAGAUUUAGUUUGUAAUCUUUCUAUGCAGUUCUAAUUAUUGUUAGUAAAAUGCAUUCAUGAUUGGGGCUGGAGUGAUAGCACAGUGGGUAGGACGUUUGCCUUGCACGCGGCCGACCCGGGUUCGAAUCCCAGCAUCCCAUAUGGUCCCCUGAGCACUGCCAGGGGUGAUUCCUGAAUGCAUGAGCCAGGAGUGACCCCUGUGCAUUGCGGGGUGUGACCCAAAAAGCAAAAAAAAAAUGCAUUCAUGAUAAAAGCAGUUUUAUUUUCCUUACACAAAGGACAAAGAUGGAAUUAUGCCAGUAUCUGUGAAUGUACCACUCAGUCUAUUUGCUUUAUUAUUUUCACUGAAAUAGUGUCUUACUUUCUCUCCUUACUAGGUCAGUAGUGCAGGCAUUGUAAAAGUUACCUUUGUUUCUAAACAAAAUUUUUUGCAGCAGACAUGAAAUUGUUGUAUACUGAGUGAUAAGGAGCUCACCUGCACAUUUUUUAAUGCACAUAUUAAGGCUUCGGGGGUAAAAGUGAAAUUUCUUAAAGUAACAGUAACCUGUUGGGAUCAGAUGAACAUCUCAGUUUGCUGUCAAGACUAAAAUCUAGAAUAUCUUUGCCUGUUACCUUUGUGAGCAAGGAGCUUCUUGAGUAGAUGGCCACCACAAUAAAACUAUGGAGAAUGGUAGAGUCAAAGAUCAAGAAUGCCAGGAUCUUUGUCCUGGAGUUGAUGUGGAUGUAGGAGAUCUAGGAUAUCUAGGUUGAUUUCCACUUGGAAAGAUUUCAGAAGACUCUUAGAUCUCCCUGGCUUUAGAAGCUUCUGUCACUUUAAUAUCACUUUACAGUAGCUGUCUUUAACGUGGUUUAGCUUUACUGUUACCCCUAGCACAGAAUUAACAAUUGAAAACUGGGCAGUGCAUAUUCAUGCCAAAGUUUAGUUGAACAGGUAUUAAUGCAUUAAAUGUUUAAAUCAGAGCUAACUAGAUUUGUUAGCAGUGAGACUGUAAUGAUAUUCAUGCACUGAACUUUAAGCCAAAUGAACAAAAAUGUUGAAUAAAUGAUGCAUAGGUUAGUUACCAAACUUCAUAGAUUUUUUAAAAUGUACUUUCAUCUUUUUCUAAAUACAAAGGCAGUCAUUUAUAUGAUUAUAAAAGUAGUUCUUUAAAGUUUAUAUGAGGGGCUGGAGCAAUAGUACAGUGGGUAGGGCGUUUGCCUUGCACACGGCCGACCCAGGUUCGAUUCCCAGCAUCCCAUAUGGUCCCCUGAACACCGCCAGGGGUGAUUCCUGAGUGCAGAGCUAGGAGUAACCCUUGUGCAUUGCCAGGUGUGACCCAAAAAGAAAAAAAAAGUUUAUAUGGGCCAUUUUUGCCUGUUCUUGAGGACAUUAGAUUUUAGAUUUUAGUAGUAGUGUUUGAAAAGUAAUUGUUUCAUUGCUGUUAUGCCAGUAUUCAAAAAUCCCACUAAAAUAAGCUAAGAAGCAUCUGAAAGAAACAUCAAAACAAACAUCCGAAGUCCAAAAGAAAAGGGAGACUCUUGCAGAACAAGAAGAUAUUUAUGUCCUUCAGUAUUUAUUGAACAAAAGAAAUGACUGACAAAAGGACAUUACAAUCCAAUGCUCAGGUGGUAACAUUCAUGUCACGUGUUGAAUUUGGUUCUUGUAUGUAUAUUGCAUACACAUGAAGAAAUUAAUAGUACAAGUUGUCUUUGUUGAACCAUCAUACAUUCAUUUAAUAAAAUCAUGGAAUAAAAUUAAAACUAGCUUUUAACUUAGUAAUUGUAGCAUGGUAUUUAAAAUCAGGUCACUACAGUAGAAUUCUAUUGUCAAUUGAAAAGCUAGAAUAAUUAUUACUGUUGCAAAGUGUUGGCACUAAUUGACUUUAAUAGUAUUUUACAUACUUGGACCCCACAACUUUUUUAAAAUCCAAGUAAUAAAAUGAAUUAUCUGAUUCACUUUAAAUCUUUGUUUUUCUUCCCUAUGUGAUAGUAUACAAGUGAUGUUUCACUGCACUGGUAGAAUUAAUUCAGUGUUAUUAUUUUAUUAUUUGACACAAAAUGAAUAAGCUUUAUACUGUGAUACAAUUGGUUUAGAAAUAUUUUUAGUAGUUUCAACUUUAUUUCAAGGAUUAGAUAACAAAAUUUACUUGUUAUUUUUCUGCACCAGAAAAAAAAAGCUAAAUUCAUUGAGAAAGAGGCAGUAAAUACUAAUACUAAUUUUAAUAGAUAAUUAUUAAUAGAUUGAGGGUGACUAUAAUCAGUAAAAUCACCUCUUUCUUUUGAUUUUUUUUUGGUUACAAAUUCUUGUUAA